AUGAAAUUAGCUGCUUGUUUCGCAUUGCUAACAAUCGCGUACGCCAGGUUGUUGGGCAAAAGGGAAACAUGCCAGCAGAUGUGCGACGCCGCUCAAUGUCCGAUCCCGCCGCAAGUGUGCUACUACGGACGCGUUAAGGACUUUUGCGGAUGUUGCGUUGUUUGCGCUGCCGGAGAAGGGGAAGACUGCAGGGGACUGGCCUGUGGAGAAGGACUACGGUGUGAAAGGAGAAGCCAUGAGAGGCCGGGAGUCCGAGUGUGCGUUUGUGAAUCCAAUGGGGCCAUUUGUGGUAGCGAUGGAAGGACGUAUCCGAGUAUAUGCAGGCUACGAGCUGAGAACCACAGAGCAGAGAUGGAAAACAUGCCGCUGGUCACGAUGGUGCAGAGAGGAGAGUGUCACGCAUCAGGUUUACAGGAUCUCUUGAGCAUGCGUUACAAGUUUAACUUCAUCGCAGACGUGGUGGAUAAGAUCGUCCCAGCUGUGGUGCAUCUCGAACUGUUCCAACGAGUUCCCUUCUCCACAGAUGAGGUGUCCGUCUCCAGCGGCUCUGGUUUCAUCGUGUCAGAGGACGGCUGGAUCGUCACGAACGCUCACGUCCUCUCCAACAAGCAGAGAGUCAAAGUGGAGCUGAAGAGUGGUCUGCAGUACGAUGCCACAGUCAAAGAUGUGGACCAGAAGAUCGACAUCGCACUCAUCAAGAUAGAGCCAGAGAGCCCCCUGCCCGUGCUGCGCCUGGGCCAGUCCUCAGACCUGCGUCCUGGGGAGUUCGUGGUGGCCGUGGGUUCUCCCUUCUCCCUCCAGAACACAGUGACCACAGGCAUCGUCAGCACAGCACAGAGGACCGGACAGGAGCUGGGCUUUAAGGACUCAGACCUGGACUACAUACAGACUGACGCCAUCAUCAACUAUGGCAACUCCGGCGGCCCGCUUGUCAAUUUGGACGGAGAUGUGAUUGGAGUGAACACUUUGAAAGUAGCGGCGGGGAUCUCCUUUGCCAUCCCGGCAGACAGGAUACGCCAAUUCCUCACAGAGUCACACAUCAGACAGCGCAGUGGGAAUGCUCCGUCAAAAAAGAAGUUCAUCGGCGUCCGGAUGCUGACGCUCACACCAACUCUCGCUGCAGAGCUAAAGAAGAGAGACAGUUCAUUUCCAGGUGUUGACUCAGGAGUGUACAUUUAUGAAGUGAUCCCAGGCACAGCUGCAGCCAGGGCUGGGAUUCAGAACCAGGAUGUGAUCGUGUCCAUAAACGGGCAGGAUGUCCAUCGCACACAGGACAUGACGGACAAGGUCCAGAACGCUGCUGCUCUGUCUCUCACCAUCAGGAGAAAAGAGGAGGAGAUCACUUUGUCCAUAGUGCCCGAACAAACUGACACAAUAUGA